AUGGUUCAAAGAUUGAGUUUGUUUUCUGCGAUUGAUGAUGAUUCUUUUGAGCUUCUUAUUUCAACAAUUUCCACCCUUUCUGGUAGACCGCCUGUGAUAUUUGCCAACUUCAGCCAUGUAGCUAUACCAGAUCCAACAUAUGAUAUUGAGAAGGUGAAUGUUAAGAACCAGCUGGUGGAACAGACGAGAAUUCGAAUAAUGCAGGAUAUUCCAUUUGAAAAGAUUAAAGCCAAUGAAUACAGUUACAGGAUCUGUUCAACUCUCACAAAAGAUGAUUUGCCGAUUGAAAGGGAUUAUUUAAAGUUAUUAAUUACAAAUAGUAGUAUGGAUUCUCGCCCGUCGAGUUUGAGCAUUUGGGAUAUUCCAUCUGCGGGGAAAGAUAGAAAGGUUUGUAUGCAGUCUAUGACUGAAUCUGUUAUUUCGGAUACAGGCGGUUCGGAAUCUUCAAUAAAUGCAUUCCUCAAAGAGUUGGGGUAUGUACCAGAUUAUCAGUUUGUGCAAAUUGGUACCAAGUUCUACAUGGAGAGUGGGCUUGUAUUUCAGGUGUAUAAGAUAUGGAAUGUAAACGAUUCGGAAGAAAGCACCAACCUAAUUACCAAGGGAGGGUUUUUAAUUGAAGCGUAUGUCAAUGUGGCCAAGAUCACGGACAUCGAGGCUGUAAACCAAGGAACAAAACAGCUCCUAAAUUUAAAACGAGAGCUUCGAGAGUAUAUAGAUUUAGUCGUUCCUGAUAGAAAGUGCAUGGAUCCUAGAAUAGGCCAUUUAAAUGAUUUCUAA